AUGUCCCGUGGUAUGGGACGAAAAGAUUUUUAUACUCGCGAUCGUAACUGGGAAUCCUACCGGCGUUAUGAAAAGCCUCGGCCGAUGAAGCGUAGCCACAGUCCUCUUCGGGACAAAAGGAGUAGUUCCCCACAUAGAACGAAAAAAGAUAUCGACGAUAAUCUUAUGAAUGAUAAACCAAAGUCGCAUGAAGUUUGGGAUAACCAUCGACAGGAUUUUGCUAUUCCUCCUCCUCCACCUAGUUUUUCAACUCAAGAUGGUCCUGCAUACAACCAAAGCUAUCAACCAUCUUACUCAGGUAUUUAUGAUGAGUUCUCAUCUGGACCGCCACCUUCCAACAAUGAAAUGUCUUCUUGGAAUCAGAUGUCUCUUCCUCCUCCACCUGCUCCACAGGUUUACAAUGUUGAAGAUCAAAUAAAAAAAGAAGCUGCAAUUGAAUCUGAAAUGCGUCAUCAAAAAGCAGCUCUGUCAAAGCAAAGGGAGGACUACAUUAAAAAAGCUAGUAUUCUUAAGAAAGAGUUAGAUACAUUGAAAGAUCAACGCAGUGAACUUCGUGGUGACUCCAAGCGAUCACCAAGCCCAGAUACUAAAAGGUUUUUAAAGGAAAAUACAAAGUUACAGUUGGAAAUUCAGAAUAAACUAAAAACCAUCAAUAAUGUGGUUGACAUGCUUAAUGGGAUCAUUGGAGAAGAAGCAGCCAAUAUAAAUGAUUCAGACGGCUCUCCCGAUCGCAGCUCAAAACGUAAAUCCAGGUCGCCUUCAGCCGGCAACAAAUGCAACUAUGUGUACUAUGACCCUGAAAUGCACUGGUGUCGGGUUUGCAACGACUUUCCUCCAACCGCUAAAGAUUACUUAAAUCAUUUGCAUUCAGUUGCACAUCAUAAAAGUGCAGCAGCCCAUAUGGAAGCUCCGUGGCAUUCAUUGACUGGAAUGCAUGAAGGUUUCCCUAACUAUGCUUCUGCUCCAACGAAAAGGACUCCUAUUAAAGGAUUACAAUUCUUUGUACCAUCAACGGCUUGGUACUGCAAAUUGUGUGACCAGUUCAUUGGUGAUCUACACUGUGCUUCUGCUCAUCUUAAAUCUGUAGUACAUGCUAAGAAUUAUACAAACUUCGUAGAACAGAAUCCUCACUGGGAGACAGACUGGAUGUCUGAUCGUCAGAAGGCGUUUGAGAAAUCUCGUGAUACCAAGAAGAAUAAAGAGGAUAAGGGCCAAUAUACAGCACAUACAAUCACCUUCAGUAAAGAUGGCUUUCAUACAAAAAACAAAACUCCUGAAAGAGAGCUCGAAAAAAAGAGAAAAGACAAGAAGAAGAAAAAGAAUAGGAAGAGAAGUAGUAGUAGCAGCAGUUCGCAGACAAGCUCUAGCGAUUCUGACAGUGAGCCUGUUAAAAAGAAGAAAAGUAACAGGAAAGAAAAAGAAAAAAUGAAAGACAGCCGCGAGCCCCGCGCAAAGGAAUGGAUGUCACACAAUGAAGAGCGUCAUCACGAUUCAGACAGGAAGAUAAUUGAGAACAUUAAAAGAAUUAAGAUGGAUCAUAUGGAAAGUCUAAGCCGUCGCGGGGACCGCAAUGCGAGGGAAAGAGAGAUAUCUCCGCCAAGAGAAGGAGACAGAGAUCGAUUGAAAUAUGAUUCUAGCCGUGAGAUGCGUCGAUCUGAUUCGCGAGAGGAACGUCGUCUAAUCGAGUCUCACCGUCGCGAUGAACGACACGAGGAUAGAAGAGAUGAGAGACACGAUGACAGAAGGGAAAUCAAACGUGAGGAAAGAAGAGAAGGGAAACGUGAUAGGAGAGAUGACAGAAGAAACUCACCGCCACGAGAAGUUAAGAAACCAGAGAUUAGAAAAAUGCCCUUUAUUGGAAAAAUGCCCGUUUACAAACAUCUCGGAAAGCCAAAAACAGAGGAGAUAAAAAAGGAAGAUGAAAAGAAGAUAGAUGUUGAAGCUAUACGCAAGAAACAACAGGAGAUGGAUAUAGAGAUUCAGAAAAAAGUAGCAGAGUUUAAAGAGAAAAUCGCAAAGUCCCAACUGGAAAGGUCCCAAGCAGAGGCUCAGCAACAGUUGAUGUCAGGGCUCCUGAACCCGUACCUAAUGGGAGCCCCUAUUUCAGCGGCCCCAGUGGUGCCCCAUGUCCCCCUGCCCCCGGGAGCCCAACCUCCAAACCUUCCCAAAGACUUUCAAGACGCAUUAGACAUAAUUUUCCCAUCCGAUGUGAAACCAGACAUGAAACAACAGGAGUUAUUCCAAGGUAUGAACCAGCAAAUCCCAGGCUUCAGUGGGAUGGGAAUGGUUCCACAAUUUCAGCAGAUCGGCCUUUUGGGACAGACUCCAAUGAUGGUACCAUUCGAAAUGAAUGCAUCUAUGUACCCUCGACAACAGUUGUACGACACCCAUGUCCCAAUAUUGCCGAAAAAUCAAAUAAAUGACAAAAGACAGAAGAAUCAAGAGGAGAGUGAGAAGAAGAUCGAGAGGAAUAAAGAAGAGUUGGAUGAAUUGGCCAUGCUGGGUAUUGAUGCAUCUGAUGUUGGGGCUUGCAUGUGA